UAAAGAAUGGAAAAUAAACUAUCAGGCUUGAGGCCACUGGUUCUAGGUUUUAUACUUUGAGUUGGCUGUCUCUUUCUUCUUUGUAGUUCAAUAAUCAAAUCCUAAAACCUUCACUUUGGUUCCUCCAUUCUAAGAAUUUAACCUUUUUGAAGUUACUCAAACAUGGGGAAACCAAGCUCACGGCCAGAUUCUUCUUCUAAAUCCGAUAAAAAAUUCGAAAAAAAGCUCCAGUUCUAUGCCAAGGUUAGAGAUACCGUUGCCUCCUUGACUGCCAAGAAGGACAUAACAAAGAAAAAGAAACUUCGAAGCCGACAGAAGAAAUUGAAAGCAUAUGAUCUCUCUGCGCUGUCAGAGUUUCUUCCUGAGUUGAAAGCUCCCAAACAAUCAAUUCCUGCAGCUGAUUUCAAGCUCAAUUGCAAAUCUAGGCAACAAUUAAUAUUGAAAGAGGGGAAACAAUUGAGUGCAGUUCUUAAGCAUCCUGCUUUUCAAGCUGAUCCACUGGCUGCCAUUCAUCAACACUUACAGAGCACACAGCCUGCUUUAGAUGAAAAACCAAAGAAAAAGACAAAUCAAAAUGGAGGGAAGACAAAGAAGAGUAAAAAAUCAAAGGCUUCAUUUGGACCUCAAUCCAUGGAUAUCUAAUUACGUGAUCUUUCCUUCAUCAGCUUUCAAUAAGUGCAUUGAGUUGCUCAAAUUUUGUUCUUAUAUCCUGAGCUGGGCGAAAAUUUUUAACCCUUUCUUCCUCUUCACGAGGAGUAAUGUAUUUCACCAUUCUCUAUUUUGUUAACAAUGUGUUCUCACCUCUUUGACACUCUUCGAUGUAGAUUAUCGUAGACUGAAUGAAAACAGGAGAAAGUUUGGUGAACUAUCCCAUUGCAGUUUACUGUUUAUGGAUGAAAAAGUACUGGAAAUAGCCCUUUCUCAUUUAUCUGGUGUAAUCAAACUUGUGGUUAUGGAUGCCUUAAUUAUAAAAAAGGCCCAACUUGCAUAUUUAUUUUUGAAAUUUUGUUGUUUGAGUUGUUCAGUUGGAGAUUUUGGGGCAGGAGGAUUUUCUAAUUUUGGACGCUUGCCAAGUUUUUGAAGUUUCUUCUUUAUGUCUGCUCUCUAAUGGUUCUAUACUUCCAUUGGCAUAGGAACUGUUCUUC